AUGACGAGUCAGUGGCAGGCUGCUGGAGCCAAAGCCCUCAGUGGCAAGAGAGCCAAGAAAGUCAAGCCAUGGGAAGACCCAGACCGUGACCGUAGCAAUGACCUCUUGGUCACAAAGAAAGCCUUCUUCGAGAUGGAAAUCGACGACGAACCAGUGGGGCGGAUCGUCAUCUCGCUGUUUGGCGACACGUGUCCCGUGACGGUGCAGAACUUUGCCGCGUUGGUGCGAGGAACAUCCAAGAACAGGGAGAAGCUAUGCUACAAUGACACCGUAGUUCAUCGCAUCGUGUCUGAUUUCGUCAUUCAGAUGGGUGACGUCACAGAGGGUGACGGGACUGGCGGUCUGAGCAUUUACGGGAAACAUUUCGACGACGAGAAUUUUUAUCUUCGCCAUGCCGGACCAGGUUGGGUUGCCAUGGCUAAUUCGGGUCCCAAUACCAACAACUCACAGUUCUUCGUGUUACUCACUAAGGCAGGUUGGUUAGACGGAAGACACGUGGUGUUUGGAAAGGUCACCGAAGGCAUGGACGUCAUUGAACGGAUAGCGCAGGUUGACACGGACGACGCCGACUUUCCUCUAAAACCCAUCAGAGUCAUCGACUGCGGCAUUAUACCGGUGAGGGCGCCCUACAUCAUCUCCGAAGACGCGGAGUUGAAGUAA